AGUUAUUUUUCGUUCGUCGACGCGAGUGGUUCGUUGUGCUUUCUUGUGAUUUUAUUUAAAAGUUGUCGGAUCGCAAUGAUCUUAAAGGAGGAGCACCCACACCAGAGCAUCGAAACUGCCGCAAAUGCGGCAAGGCAGGCGCAGGUCCGCUGGCGAAUGGCGCAUCUUAAGGCACUCAGCCGCACUCGAACACCAGCGCACGGCAAUUGCUGCGGUCGCGUCGUCAGUAAAAAUCACUUUUUCAAGCACAGUCGCGCGUUUCUGUGGUUCCUGCUGUGCAACUUAGUGAUGAACGCGGACGCAUUCGCCCACUCCCAGCUGCUCAUUAACGUCCAAAAUCAGGGCGGCGAGGUGAUCCAGGAGAGUAUUACCUCCAACAUUGGCGAGGACCUGAUAACGCUGGAGUUUCAGAAGACCGACGGAACGCUCAUCACCCAGGUCAUCGACUUUCGCAAUGAGGUUCAAAUCCUCAAGGCUCUGGUUCUCGGCGAGGAGGAGCGUGGCCAGAGCCAGUACCAGGUCAUGUGCUUCGCAACCAAGUUCAACAAGGGCGACUUCAUCUCCUCGGCGGCAAUGGCCAAGCUGCGCCAGAAGAAUCCGCACACCAUCCGCACUCCCGAGGAGGACAAGGGCCGUGAGACCUUCACCAUGAGCAGCUGGGUACAGCUCAACCGCUCGCUGCCCAUCACCAGACAUCUGCAGGGACUCUGCGCCGAGGCCAUGGACGCCACCUAUGUCCGGGAUGUGGACCUUAAAGCUUGGGCGGAGCUACCAGGCUCCUCGAUUUCCAGCCUGGAGGCCGCCACCGAAAAGUUCCCGGACACGCUCUCGACGCGCUGCAACGAGGUGAGCAGCCUGUGGGCGCCCUGCCUGUGCAACCUGGAGACCUGCAUCGGCUGGUAUCCCUGCGGGCUCAAGUACUGCAAGGGCAAGGGAGUCGCCGGAGCGGACUCGUCGGGCGCCCAGCAGCAGGCACAGCCGACGAAUUAUCGCUGCGGCAUCAAGACCUGCCGCAAGUGCACACAGUUCACCUAUUAUGUGCGGCAGAAACAACAGUGCCUCUGGGAUGAAUGACGACGCGGCGAGCUGCAGCUGAUGCAGAUGCGCUGCGCGAGGCGGCGGAAUGGUAGCGAGUUUGGGGAUGAUGCCAGUGCCACCUGCCCGGGUGGCGAAACAAGAGCAGCAACCACGACCGCGACAAUAACUGGCGGGGGAGCUGGGGGAAGUGGGAAGGAUACAACGGCAGCGACAACAACGACAACCAACAAAUUACGCCAACUGCUUUUGUUGGUCCAGCAGCAGAUGCCUUUUGCUCUGUGGAGUUUUCCGGUCCAUCACAUUUCCCAGUCCCAUCACCAGUCCCAGUCCCAACAUAAGCCCAGCCGGCAGCAGAAGCAGCAUCAGCAUCAUUCUCAGGUUGCCCCCACUUCGCAUCACCAGUCAUCAUCAUCAACACCACCAACACCGUCAACAUCAUCAUCACCGCCAUCAUCAUCAUCGUCGUCGUCGUCGUCCGCAAUGGCCGCCAUCGUUGCGUGAUAAUGAACGCUUGAAAAACCCAACUUACACAAUCCACUACACUACACAUCCAGGAAAAAAACGAAUGCUGACACUUUUUCCGCUCACGAUUCAAGACGAUUCUGGACGCGGACAUUCGAAUGCAAGCCACUGGGUGAAGGUUAUACUACAGCAAAAAAGGAGUAAAACGAAAUAAAUGUAAAAAAGUGCUUCUGUAUACUAUGUAUAUAUAUGUAUAUUUAACGAUGAUUAGCUUUUAGCCAGCUUACGUUUUACGCUUAUGCCGGAUUUAAGUUUAGACCUAGAUUAGGUGUCCUUAUUUAAUUAAAUCCUAAGAGAGCUCGCAGAAUUAAGAGUUAAGCACUUCUGAGACGUACUCCUUUGCCAUUUAAUCCUUUCCUACUACAGUGUGAUCUUUUAUCAAAUCAUUUACAUUUCCUAUGACAUAGCUUUAAAACCUAAAACUUAUUGAUUUAAUUAUAGUGCAGCACCUUUCUUGUAAUUAUCUAUCACUCUUUAGAUCUUUCUUAACUUUUUCCAAAGUAUUUGAGAAUUUAUAGCCAUCUUCCUUCCAGCUUUCUUGCCUGCUCACCUUUCAAGUCCAUUUUCAAUUUGUUUACUUUGCCCGUUCACUUCAUACUUUUCCAUGUACAUUGUGCGCAGCAAUUUCGUUUCAAUUACCCUUUUAGAGCGCUUUAUGUUUCCUUUGUUUGCCUUUAUCUCCACUUCACUUACCUUAACUGAAGCCUGAUUAGAUGUAUUAAGAUUGUUGGACACAAUAUCGCGUUCCACGCCCUCUCCACCCGUGUUGCGUUGAGCUCAAGAAGAUUAAAUAGGAAUAGAAGUAUAAAUAAAUUAAAUGUGGCCUUAGCAUAUUUUACGAGCGGUAGAAAAAGUACAUUCAUUGAACUAAGGAAUAUGUAUGUAUGUCAGGCGUUGGCAAAACUCGGAAUUAAUUGUGCUCAUAAUAGUUGUAAUAGAAAAACCACAAGAAUAAGAUAUAUGGCCAUUUGGGGAAUGGUGAAUGUAGAUGAAGAAUUCUACUAACCAAAACGAAUGCCGCAUAAAAAAAAAUAAAAAGCUUUUGCAUUUUACCACUCGAAAAUGGCUGUUUGAGAUACCCACUCCCGUUUUUUUUCCUACUAAUCUUUCCCUUCAAAUCUAAUCCUUAUAAACUAGACCGUAAACACGCCUGCCUUUUUGCCUUUGACUUGUAACCUUUUCCACUUUGUAUUCGAAACAAAUGAAAUACCUUAACGAUGGCAAAACCUUAAGCAAAUUGAUUGAUACCAAUAAUAAACAAUACCAAGAACAAUAAUCUAUUGUAUAAAUUUCAAGAACCUAGUCUUCUUAGAGUGUUAGAAUGGCAUAUUUUCCUAAAAGCGUACUACAAAAGAAAUUAAACCAAAAUCGGAAGUUGUAAACCAGAAGUUUCGAAAACAAGAAAAACCAACGGUGAUAAUAAUUUUUUCUACGAUAUAGGAAGACAGCUCCUUUGACUCACUGUAUAAAAUGUAAUGGAAACGAAAUUGAUUAGUAUUACUAAGCAUUUAAAACUGGUAAGACUCGAUGAUCUGAAUUGUGUGAAUAGCAUUUGCCAAUAUUAACGAUUAAUCGACUAGUCCUAACUAAGAAAUUGAAAUUAAUAAUUAGUCUUAAUACAAAUGCUGACGAAUUCUACGUUUUAUAAAAAAAUUCAGUAAUG